ACUAAUUUACUCUUCUCGCGGUCGUGUUACCGCUGCCGACCGUCGCCGAUGACACGUUCGCCGUUCCCUUUUAGUAGUAGUAGUAGUAGUAGUAGACAGUAGUAGUAAUCCACGGGUUAAGUUCCCCUCCUUUUACCACCACCACUCGUUAGCCGUCAAGUCGUUCAAAUUAUGCAGCAGCUGAUCGACGCCGAGAGCGCGUGUUGUUGCUUAUAGUUGGUUUUUAAUUUAUUAUUGUUUUUUUUUUUUUUCGAUCAACGCUUAUUAUUAUUACUCAUUAGCCACAGACGGUUACUACAAUAUCGUUCUUAUCCUUUGAUUUUUUUUUUUUUGAAUUUUAUUUUGCUCGUCGCCCGUGUUUCUCCCCGUCCGCCAUUCGUAUUCCUUGCACGCGCGUGCUCGCGAACUCCCGCCGUCGCAUAACAAUAACAACAACAAUAAUAAUAAUAUGCCUCCGUUAAACCCAGAGACGUACGCCGUGGUCAGUCUGGUCAGUGGCCUGUCGCGGUGAUUAGGUGAUCGGAGUUUUGUGUUUAAAAUACCAGUGCAAUACCUACGUUUAAUUACAUACUUUAACUUUCGAUAACGAUUAUUAUAGGCGACCGACGUCUUGGUUUUUUAACGCCUCGUCGUCGACAAUCGACCUGCUGAUAGUGUUGUGCUCGCUCCCUCCCGUUGCGAUCGUACCGGUCCAUUCAUAUUAUAUACCUGUGGCUGUCAAUUGUGGUGACAAACGUCAAACGCAGCAGCAGUAACGUUCGCGCGGAUUACCAGGCAAAAUAUGAAAAGUGAAAAUGUGGUGUUUAGUGAGCCAACCGAACGCAGUCGUCAUCGAAGUCAGACUCGACCAUAAAGCAAAAGGGCUGGAAUGCCUGGAGAAGGUAUGUGAAUGUCUGGGCAUCAAUAAAGAGUGUGAUUACUUUGGAUUACAGUACAAAACUGUCAAAGGGCAAGAUGUUUGGUUAAAUCUAAGAAAUUUAAUUGAACAUCAAGUGGCUGGAGUUCAUCCGUAUCGUUUUGCUCUAAGAGUUAAAUUUUGGGUUCCACCUCAUUUAUUGUUACAAGAAUCUACCCGCCAUCAGUUUUAUUUGCAUGCCAAGUUAGAGCUUUGUGAAGGGCGUUUAAGACCGGCAGAUAGCCAAGCAAUAUGUAAGACUAUUGCAUUGUUGGCACAAGCUGAAUUCGGCGAUUGCGAUGACUCGGUAGCUCUUGUGCAGUUUUUCACUUAUUGGUGUGAACAUUUGGGUGCAUCUAAAGAUGAUGAUGAGUUCAUAAUUGAUCAUAUUCAAAAUCUUCAGGCUGAAAUGAAAGGUAUGAAACAAACAACUGCUGAAUAUUGGUUAAUCAAAGAAGUCUCUGGUCUACAAAACUUUGGUGAAGAGGUGUUUGAAGGCAGAACAAGUAAUGGUUCUUCAGUAUUGGUGGGAGUUGGACCACAUGGCAUUAGUCUAGAGCACCCAGAUCAAACUGAUCAUGAAAAACAAAUGAUUCCUUAUACUGCGAUCCGUAGCGCUGCUAGUCAUCGUCGUGUAUUUGAGAUGUGGUAUUUGGCAGGUGUUGAACAUUCCGAAACACUAAUCGUAUUGAAAUUAGAAUCUAGUCUGGGUGCAAAUACUCUUUAUAGAGCAUUAACGGAGAAGCAUGCAUUCUAUAGUUGUGAAACUGUCAGAGGUGCUGUCACAUCACAAUAUAUCAGGGAUCUCAAGGGUACAAUUAUAUCUAUAUUUAAUGAAGAUUCGCCAUUAGGAAAAAAAUAUGUGUUUGACAUACAAAGGACUUGUCGUGAAGUGCAUGACAAUGCACGUCGUGCUCUUUAUGAAAAGCAAAACAAAGUUACACCAUCCAGCUCUACAGUAGUGUUGAGUACGCCUGAACCUGAGCCAACUACUUCACAAGAUAGCUACAAAUUGGCCAAACUCAUUGAUGCUCUUACAUGUAGAAUUUGCAUGGAUGCUACCAUUGAUCAUGUGUUUUUCCCAUGUGGUCAUGUAAUUGCUUGUGGAACAUGUGUUAAACGUUGUGAAACUUGUCCAUUGUGUCGAGGUGUAAUUGAUGAAUCCAGGCAUGUGUUUAUUCCAACUUUAGCUGACUUGCCAGGUCUUCAUCAUCAAUGAUGCAAUCGAGUAAAGUAUGUCCUAGUUAUGAUAACUUGUGAUGGACGUAUUGUCAUUAAGAUUGACCUCGUAGCAUGAAUGUCUGUGAUAAUGCUAAUAUAUCAAAACUUCCUAUACUUUCAUACUUAUUUAUUUUUGUUAAAUUAAAAUUAUUUUGUAGUAUUGAUGUGUUAAAUGAAAAGAUAAUUUCAUUUGUAUCAUUUAAGUGUUCUUUAAAAUUCAUUUAGUUUAAAGUAAUGUAUUUUUAAUGUAUUUUUUUUAAGAAUACUUUUUAUACAAACUCAUAAUUAAAUUUAAGUUUUUGUGUUACCAUUAUACUAUUAAUUUGUACAAGUCAGAUAAUUGACACAAUUGUUUGUUAAUACAAAUAUAUGUAUUCUUAAAUAUUAAUAUUGAAUUUAAGUACAAUUUAAAUUAUGAGUAUAAUUAUAUAUAUUAUAAUAUAAAGUUGAAUUUUUCUUCUUUUAGUUUUUGUUUAAAAUAUUUAUUAUUUUUUUUUUCAUUUAUUCUAUCAUUAUUAUCAUUGUGUUAUAAAAUAUAUAAAAUGAUGCAAUUUUA